UGUUCUACCAUAUUUUCCUUCACGCAAAUCCUGGAACUGACUGCUGGUGUAGUAGGUCCAUUUGAAUACAUAGAAAAUGCUUUGCAUGCAUUUUUCAUGAUGAAAAGUGGCUCUGGACAGUUUUGGGAACUGGAAGAGUUAAAAAAAAUUUCAGAUACAAACGCUUAUAAACGCGAUUUGCCGCGUUUAAAUGCAUUUUUUUAACUCUUCCAUUUCCAGAUGCUGUCCAGAGCCUUUUUUCAUCAUGAAAAAUGCAUGCAAAGCGUUUUCCCAGUACUCAAAUGGACCUGGUAAACCAUA